AUGUCUGAGAACACACUUUUCAAUGAAUGUUUGGCAUGUAAAAUGAAAUUUGAGACAAGACAAUAAUUGGAGAACCACGUCAAGAGGUUUUGUGUGAGCUCAGAUUAUGGGUCUUAAAAUAAACUAGAGGAGAAAUACUAAAGAGAAUUAUUGAAUUUAAAAAAGAGCAACGCUCCUGGAGCAAGAGAAAUUAUUGAGACUGGCAGACCUCCACCAGGGUAAUAAUAGAAGAACCAAUUAUCUUUGGAAGCGUUUAAGGAUUAGAUGAAAUAAUAAGAUGAUGAAUUCAAAAGAUUAAAUCGAAUGGCCUAGAGAAGAAGAGAAGAUGAAAUGGAUGAUGAUCUAAAUAAACUAAAGAAUGAUAGGCAGCAGAUCAAAAUGAAAAGAGAUGAUGAUAGACAAGCAUUUGAAGAAUUGUUACAUGAGGUUGAAUAGAAAAAGGAGAAGGAGAUCAGGGCUAGAAUAGAGAAGGACGAGAUUCGAAGAGCCUUGAUGGACUUGGAGAAAGCAAAAUUAACAGCGAUUGAAUAAGAGAGGAAAAGAGAGUUAGAGAAACUUAUUGCUGAGAGGGAAGCUCUGAGGAUGAAGGAAGGGGAACUCAUUAAAGAUAUUGAAUCGAUGGAACAGAAUACACGAAUGCUUGAUCAGAUGAGGUAGGAGGAAGUCUCAAAAAUCAAUAAUGUAAUUGAUGGGAUGCAAUUAAAAUAAAAAAACAAUACAAAAUUGAAUGAGGAUCUAAUUUAGGAAAGAUCAGACAAUGUGGCCAAGUUAAAAUUAAAGCGAGAACAAUUAGAGGGAGAACGACUAAGAAUCAUGGACAAUUUGGAUAGACUGCGAAAUGGUGAUUUGAAGGCUGCUUAAAGAGGAGGCACUAUGAAUUUAGUCGCAAAUGCAAAGAACAUUUUGGGGGAUAUGUAAUAAAUGGAGAAUUUCAAUGCCAAAUUACAUGAUGGAAGAUUUGCAGAACAAUAGCAAAGAAUAAAUCAGUUGAAACAAUAGAAACCUGAAUUUAUGCCCUUUGAUGGAGAUGAAGCCUUUGGAUAGAGAGCACCCGUUGGAUAAUAGGCUGUGGAUAUGUAUAAGAAUAAGAAUCCUUAGACUCAUGGAGAACUUUAAGCAUUCAGAUAAGGAAUCGAAUAGCAUGCAAAUAGUAUGAUGGAUAAAAGCUUAUCCCAGAGUAUUAACAUGAGCUAAGUCAGGAGAUAACCCUCCUCCUAAGUCAAUAGAGCGCCAGCCACUAGAUUGUAGCCUUAAUAAACCAUACAGAGUUUUCCUGAUGUUAAUUAAUAACUUUAAUAGCAAUAAUAAUAACAGUAAUAAAUCGAAGUCUUAAAAAAUGCUUGGGGUGUUCCCAUUCCUUAAUUUCAAAAUAAUUAAUUUUAAAUGCUACCUCAAUAACCUUAAGCUUAAUAACCAUAAUUUCAAAUGAAUCCUAUGAUGCAAUAUAAUGCAUUUGCUUAACCACAAAUGAUGCCUGUCUACAAUCCAGUAAUGCAGUAACAACCACAAUCAUAACAGUAAGGGCCAACAGCUUUUGGGCAAUUUGCUUUGAAUCAAUUAGCAUUGAAUUAGGAAGGUAAAAAAAUUAAGGAUCCAUGGAGCAUUUUCAAUAGAAAAAAUGAGUUUUUUUUGAUGAAUGAAGUUCGAGGUGUUGAUUUGACAGAGGAGGAGAGAGUGUUGAUGAGUCUAUAGGCUUAGGAAAUUGAUAGUAUGAGGGUAAUUUCAAGAAUUCCUGUAGGGACAGAAUUGUAUAGAUUUAAGGUUGAGUAAUAUAAGGAAUUAUCGACAAUGAGAGCAUGA